UAUACCUAAUAUUGAUGAGUGCAUGGCUCACAGCUAACAAACUAAUGGGGUUUCUCAGCAAGCUUAGUUUAACAUGCAGGUCCAUAUCGUUUAUAUGGGAGAGAAGCCUCAUGGAGCUGUUUCAAUGGUAUCUAUGCAUCAUUCCAUGCUAGCAAGUGUCCUUGGAAGUACUGCAUCUGCAAAAGAGUCGCUAAUUUACAGCUAUGGAAGAAGUUUUAAUGGGUUUGCAGCUAAACUUUCAGAUGAAGAGGUUACAAGAUUUGCAGAUAUGGACGGAGUGGUUUCAGUUGUUCCAAACAGCAUGCUAGAGCUUCACACAACAAGAUCAUGGGACUUCAUGGGAUUUACUCAAUCCCAUGUUAGAGAUUCCCUAGGAGGAGAUGUGAUUAUUGGGCUGCUAGAUACAGGAAUUUGGCCAGAAUCCGAGAGCUUCAGCGAUGAAGGAUUUGGCCCUCCACCUGCAAAAUGGAAAGGAAUGUGCCAAACUGAGAAUAACUUCACCUGCAACAACAAGAUCAUUGGAGCUCGCUACUACAAUAGCUAUAAUGAGUAUUAUGAUGGAGACAUCAAAUCUCCAAGGGACUCAGAGGGACAUGGGACUCACACAGCUUCAACCGCUGCGGGCCGAGAGGUGGCAGGCGCAAGCUUCUACGGCUUAGCUCAAGGACUUGCCAGAGGUGGAUACCCCAAUGCAAGAAUUGCUGUGUACAAGGUUUGUUGGGUAAGAGGAUGUGCUGCUGCAGAUAUACUCGCUGCGUUUGAUGAUGCCAUCGCAGAUGGGGUCGAUAUCAUAUCAGUUUCCCUUGGAUUAACCUUCCCUGAACCUUAUUUUGAAGACGUCAUAGCAAUUGGAUCUUUCCAUGCAAUGGGACAAGGGAUAUUAACCUCAACUUCUGCAGGAAACGAUGGUCCAUGGUUGGGUUGGGUCAGUAAUUACUCGCCUUGGUCGCUGACUGUAGCUGCCAGCAGCAUUGAUAGGAAAUUUGUUUCCAAAUUGGUUCUUGGCAAUGGACAGAUCUUCUCGGGAAUUGUCAUCAAUAACUUGGAGCUCAAUGGAACAUAUCCUUUAAUCUGGGGAGGAGAUGCAGCAAAUGUUUCUGCCCAAGAAACCCCUUUAAGUUCAGCAGACUGCCUUCCUGGGGACCUAGAUUCACGCAAAGUCAAGGGAAAGAUUGUUCUCUGCGAGUUCCUUUGGGAUGGAUCUGGUGUUAUCAUGGCAGGAGGAGUGGGAAUCAUAAUGCCCGCCUGGUAUUUCAAUGACUUUGCCUUCACUUUUCCCUUGCCAGCAACACUCCUCCGAAGACAAGAUAUGGACAAAGUAUUGCAGUAUGCUAGAUUUUCCAAGAAUCCAAUAGCAACAAUUUUGGUUGGUGAGACUAGGAAGGAUGUAAUGGCUCCCAUUGUUGCCUCCUUUUCAUCCAGAGGUCCCAAUCCCAUUUCUCCUGAUAUUCUCAAGCCUGAUCUGACUGCACCUGGUGUUGAUAUCCUCGCGGCCUGGUCACCCAUUGUAUCUCCAUCAGAAUACGAGCAUGAUACCAGGACCGCCCAAUACAACAUAAUCUCCGGCACAUCCAUGUCUUGUCCACAUGCCAGUGGAGCAGCAGCUUAUGUGAAGUCCAUCCACCCAAGCUGGUCUCCUGCUGCCAUUAAAUCUGCACUCAUGACCACAGCUUAUGUGAUGGACACAAGGAAGAACGAGGACAAAGAGUUUGCUUACGGUUCUGGCCAUAUCAACCCGGUGAAGGCGGUGGAUCCUGGCCUAAUCUACAACACAUCUAAGGCAGAUUACAUCAACUUCCUAUGCAAGCAGGGUUACAACACCAGCACAUUAAGACUCAUCACGGGUGAUGACAGUGUUUGUAAUAGCACUAAACCUGGGAGGGCAUGGGAUCUGAACUACCCCUCAUUCUCACUGGCCAUAGAAGAUGGGCAAGAUAUCAUGGGCAUUUUCAGUAGGACAGUUACAAAUGUAGGAUCGCCAAACUCAACCUACCAUGCUAGCGUGUACAUGCCCAAUUCUAUUGAGAUUGAGGUGGAGCCUCCUGUUCUUUCAUUCUCAGCAAUUGGAGAGAAGAAAUCCUUUACAGUGAGGGUGUAUGGACCACAGAUAAAUAUGCAACCAAUCAUAUCAGGUGCUAUCCUCUGGACAGAUGGUGUCCAUGUGGUGAGGGCUCCGCUUGCGGUUUACACAGUCCUCCCAUCAGUAACUUCCUCAUAUAGAAAUCCGUCCAAGCAAACAAAGAGACCAAACCUGAAAGCUUCUAGCUCCAUGAAGAAAUCAGACCUGAAAGGCUCCUCUAUAUAUUACAAAAAUGGGAUUUUUUAG